CGCCCCUGUGAUGACUUGGGGUUCUGUCCCCUGGUCAAGUAGAUGGACAUUCGCCCUGUGAUGACUUGGGGUUCUGUCCCCUGGUCAAGUAGAUGGACAUUCGCCCCUGUGAUGACUUGGGGUUCUGUCCCCUGGUCAAGUAGAUGGACAUUCGCCCCUGUGAUGGCUUGGGGUUCCGUCCCCUUGUCGAGUAGAUGGACAUUCGCCCCUGUGAUGACUUGGAGUUCUGUCCCCUUGGAGAGUAGAUGGACAUUCGCCCCUAUGAUGACUUGGGGUUCUGUCCCCUGGUCAGGUAGAUGAACAUUCGCCCGUGUGAUGACUUGGGGUUCUGCCCCCUGGUCGAGGCAUAUACUGAUGUCUCUAACCGGUAGCCAUCAAAUUUAUAGGUCUAGGUUGAAUUGAAUUCGAUGAGAUACCUGGAUACGUUAUAACUACUAGUCUCUCCACUGACCCAGUAUUAAGGUACGAUGCGAUAAAAUAAUAGGGGCUAUCUAAUGUUUGUUUAAUUUACCACACAAGCUUAUUAAACAAAUUUAACCACUUCGCUGAGAUUUGUUUAUAUUUCAAAGUCGAUAUAUCGAAUCUCUUUAAAUCUACAAGCAUCGUGCUGGUUUUCCCAUUACGAGUAAUACCUCCAGGAGAGUUCCGAUAGCUUUCCCGAAAAUCGAUAACUCGGGAGUAAUCCAUCUCACUAGUGCACUUAGCCGAUAACGUUUCUGACGUUAUCAUCCAGAUCAAUACAUUUUACUCUUGUUUGAGCAGACGAGAGGUGUGAAUUGAUUCAAAGUUGUUUUAUGGUGCUGGAUAUCAAAUUGACAACUGUUUGUACAGUUAAGAAUGCUCUUUUAUGUAGAAACGUGUUCGGUGUCUGUCAUUCAUUGGAAAAUAAUGGACAGUGUUUAAGUUGAGACAGAAGACAACUGUGCUUUAUUAGCAGAUGUGCUGGAUUUAUUGGACUGGGAUGACCCUAUGAGAAUAUUUGACUGACCUUCUUCCCAUGUACAUAUCUGGCCAGGAUGGAUCCCGAACCUUCUUCCAUCCCUGGUAUCCAACAAAACCCAACUGACAAUAUGGCGGCGGCCAGAUUAACUUCCGGUGACAAUAAGUCACCUGGGAAAGCAGGUGUUAGUCUAGCGUACAUGCAUGGUCCUCCACGUAUCAUGCCAAACUACGGAAAUAAGCGUCGUAGUCUUCUCCCGAAAACCAAGGUGUCACGUGUCUUACUGUACGAUAAUAUCACCCAACAACAGAUGCUUGACGUGAAGCUCUCACACAUCAAGAUUGAAAAGACUCGAACGACACGCCUCCUUGACCUUCACAAGAGGUCAUUCCUACUUCGACAGCAGAAGCGACAACACCAUAUGCAGCAGGUUGGAAUUGUGUUGCCGGAUAUUGACCACCCAAAUAAAAAGCAGGAUAUUCUAACGCGAUUAACAAGUCAGCUAUCCAAAAGAGCAGUCAGUUCGGUGGGAGGAAACGGCAGAGUUACCUCUGCUGAACUGGAAACUUUAAAAUUGCCGGAUUUGGAAAUUUCGUCAAAUGACCACAAUAGUCCACAUGUUAUAUUCAAACUCAAAAACGCUAGUGGCGUCACGCAAAUAUUUCACACUAUCGACAACGAAGGGGUGUUCUCCGAUAUUGUUCCUCUGUAUAAAUUCUAUGACAAGACAACGGAAGAUCCACGGUUUCAGAGUCUUGAAGGUUCGCUGGUUCGAACCUCAGUCAGCAACGACGGGUUUAACGAAUUAAGCGCCAGCUUUAAAAAGGAAUAUCCAAAAUUUCCGGAACAUUUGCAAGAAUUUACGACCGAAAACACCAGACUUGGUUCAUUAGUAUAAACGGUAUAGGCCUCUAUAUGAGUUAUGAAAAUCCUUAAUAAAUGGCAAUAAGCAUUAUAUAUAUGGUGCACUGCUUCGCUAUCUUAAUAGUUACAUGAUCCGUAAUCUUUGUCCUUUCAUAAAGAAUUUGGAUUUACGACCAAUCAGCCAAAUGCUACCAAGUGUUGUGAAUGUACUGUUAGUGAGUGUGUCGGUAAAUGGUCAUCGCUGUCGUAAUCAUGUUAUGUGUAGGCAGACGUAUGACGUAGCUAUUUUAGUUGUAGGCAGAAUAAUGUCGUAAGCAUUCUAUGUGUAAGGCAAAUUAAUGUCGUAGGCAUUUUUUGUGUACGUCAAACUAAUGUCGUAGGCAUUUUGUGUGUAAAAACAGAUACACAGACAAAUGUCGUAGGCAUCUGUUGUGUAGGAAGAUUAAUGUAUUGUCGACAUUUUAUGUGUAAGAAGACUUUCCUCUCGUCUGGAGAUAUUCGUUUUAAAAAAUGCAAUGUAUUGAACAGAUGAUAUUCUACAAGAACACCAAAUUCCAGAAUAAUGAAUGCAGUUACUAUUGGAAACUCUGCUCCACAGUGAUUGUCCGGACUUACUAUAUUUCUAUACGAAGAAAUGCAACGAAGUGUUGGCUUGAUUAUUGGAGAAUCCGUGCUUUCUCAGGAUAAUUAAUUCGCACCAUGUAAGAAGAACAGGAAUAAUGUCUACAUAUACCCACUCCUUGUAUAUGAUUAAUUUGUUUAUGAUUUACAAGCCAAAAAAUAAAGAUAUUUGACAGUUA